UCAGCCGAGGUCUUUCAGGGUGUCUGUCCUCGCGAGGAGGAAGAUGGAUGAAGAUGGAGGAAGAUGGAUGAGGACGCUGCGGUUCGGGUCUCCGUGGCCGUUUCCAAUCGCACAGGCAGAGAGCAUCGUCGUGGAAUUGUUUACAGAUGAAGACAAAUAAUCCCAAAUGAAAUAUCCGCAGACUGCAACUUGCAGGUGGAGGAUGUCACGGAUUCAAGUGCGUUAACUCCUUAAAGCACAGAUGCUCCCAUCAGGAGGAGAACGCUGAGACUGUAGUGGAUCCAGACAGUGGGGGAUGGAGCGGCCCGCCGGAGAGACCCUCCUCCCACCUUCCUCCCUCCAACUCGCUGACCUUGAGCCGCCGCUGCACUAGCAGGACCGAGAGAGAGACCCCCCGAGAAAAAGAAAAGUCGGAUGCGAGGCGGAAAGAACUGUCAAGAGCGACAGUAAGAGAGAGGAGCACAAAGGAGAGCCACGGCCUCGGGGCGGUCCCACCAUGAAACCUUUCGUCUCUGCGGGCCCCCCCUCCGGCCUGCUGCUGGUCCUGAUGUGCUGCCCGCUGCUGGGCUUGGUCCGGUCCGCCAGCAGCAACAAGGCCAGCGAUAAGGGACACCCACACCUGGGAGAAGCCGACCCGGAGCGCUGCAUGAGGCACCACUUCGUGGAGACCAUCGUGCACCCGAUCUACAAGUGCAACUCCAAGAUGGUGCUGCUGGCGCGCUGCGAGGGCCACUGCAGCCACACGACCCGCUCCGAGCCCCUCAUCUCCUUCAGCUCGGUGCUCAAACAGCCCUUCAAGAGCACCUGCUCCUGCUGCCGGCCGCACACCUCCAAGCUGAAGGCGGUGAGGCUGCGCUGCGCCGGCGGGACCCGCAUCACGGCCACCUACAGAUACAUCCUCGCCUGCAGCUGCGAGGAGUGCAGCUGAGCGGCGUCCUCCCACCGCCUCGAGACUCUGGAGAUCCUCUCGGCCUCACCGGGCCCGACUCUGAAGCCGUCCAGAGAAUUGAGAGGGUUGAUUAUAUCGGAUCGGAGGAUUUCCCCCGGGAGGGCGGCGGCUCCAGACGCUCGUUUGUUAUCUCGGGAGUGAUAGUUCGGAGCAAUCGUAGGCUACCACCCUCACACCGACAUUGACCCGCAGCCUCUGGGACUCGGACAGAACCUCCCAUACCCCGCGCCAUUAUGUGCAUUCAAUCAGUACAAACCAUGCGGAGCACAUUUCUCCUGCACACGAGGCCAGACGCCACAAACUGCUGCUCCCGCGGGCCACGAGGAGACGCUCUGCACUCAUUAAAGGCCUCCGUAAUUCAUAACGCACAUGCUCACGGACCACAGUACGAGAGCUCGUCACGAAUAUCUGUAACUGCUUUCUGCCAGCUCCAUAAAUAAACUCCCACUGUGCAACAAAACAACACGCCUCGUUAAGGACGAGGCUCCACAUGUGGCGGACCCAUAGAGAGGCACCCGCGCCGCGCUUAUCCACCCAAUAACAUUUUACGCACUCCCCGCGGACUUCCACGGAGCCGCGUUGAACACGAGCGACAGCAGAGCUCACCGGGACGGAGGCCGACGUGUGCGAGAGGAGCUCCGGGGAGGGCGGAGGCUCAGCCGGCGCCUGGGUGGUCGUGUGGACCGUCGAGGCUCUCGGCGUUUCGUCUUUAAAUGUAAUCUAAUUCUAUUUGAAUUCUUCGUGAUGCUCCCCCGUCAACAUUAUUGAAAACGGCAGCCGCCGCCGGAUUUGAGGGGAAAGUGGCGCUUUAGCCCGUCGUGUUUUGUUCCUUGUGUUUCGCCUCCCGUCCAAACUGUGCUGCGGUUGCCCUGCGUCCGCCUGUAAAGCCUCCAGCGGGAUGAACACACAACUUCACACAAGGGAUUCCUUUCUGUGUGGUGUGUAUAUUUGUUUGUUUGUUCUUUGUUUGCGUGUGUGUGUGUGUGUGUGUGUGUGUGUGUGUGUCAGGCUCGAACACGUCUAACGCUCCAUCAGUGUUUGUGGUCAGUUUAUCUCAAUUUAAAAAAGUGAACAGCU